AUGGAGCUGGCAUCUUUGAGUGGGGAGUCUGUCCUGCACCCGCAGCCCGUGGGAAUUCAACACCCUGGUAUCAUGGCGUUCUUAUUUCAACCUUCACUGAGUGCAUUCAAAAGGGAAUGGAGUUUUAUUGUGGAUCCUGUGAGACUGCAAUGUGUGGGGAGUGUACGGAGACUGAGCACCGCGAUCACCGCACCGUGCCGCUCCGUGACGUGGUUGAUCAGCACAAGGCCUCGCUCCGGCUGCAGUUGGAUGCCAUCAAAUCCCGGUUGCCCCAGCUGAAUGCUGCCAUUGAGCUGGUUCAUGGGAUCUGCCAACAGCUGAUCACCAACAAGGACAGCGCGAUCACUGAGAUCAGCACCAGCUUUGAGGAGCUGCAGCAAGCCGUUCAGCUACGGAAGGCCUCACUCAUCUCCGAUCUGGAGGGGCUCUGUAACAGUAAACAGAAGGUUCUUGAGAAGCAGUUGGACUACCUGCUGCAGGGUCGGGAGAAAAUACAGAGUAGCUCAGAAUUCACGGAGCAGGCCCUGAGCCACGGCACAGAGACUGAGGUGCUCCUGGUGAAAAAACAGAUGACGGAGACAUUGAGUGAGCUUGCUGCACAGGACUUUCCUCUCCAACCCCAGGAAAACGAGCACCUAGACCUGAGGGUGGAGACUGACGUGGUGAGGAAGUCUAUCCUGAAUCUUGGAGUUCUGGUCACCACCAAUGCUGUAGCACAGCAGACUGUAGCCACUGGAGAGGGUCUUCGGCAUGCUGUGGUUGGCCAGCAGACCACAGUUACUAUAACAACCAAGGAUAAAGAUGGAGAGCUUGUGAAGAGCGGUAAUGCGAUCCUGCAGGCAGAGAUCAUCGCUCCUGACGGUAGCUCCACUCAGGGCGAGAUCGUGGACAAUAGGAAUGGAACGUAUGAGCUCCUUUACACACUGAAGAUGGAGGGCGACUUCACACUGUCUGUAACUCUGUAUAAUCAACCUGUCAAAGGGAGUCCUUACCGAGUCCGAGCCACCAAACCUUGUGACUCCUCACAUUCUCCUGAGGAUGUCAAGCGCAGGGUGAAGUCUCCGAGUGGUGGUCACAUCCGUCAGAAAGCUGUCCGCCGCCCGGCCAGCAUGUAUGGCACCGCCAAAAAAAAGGAGAACCCCAUUGAGGACGAGCUGAUUAUCCGUGUGGGGACCAGAGGUCGAGAGAAAGGGGAAUUCACCAACCUUCAGGGAAUCUCUGCAUCAGGAAAUAAUCGCAUUGUAGUGGCUGACAGCAAUAACCAGUGUAUCCAGGUCUUUUCCAAUGACGGACAGUUCAAGCUGCGCUUCGGGGUCCGGGGACGGUCUCCAGGACAAUUGCAACGGCCAACCGGAGUGACCAUUGAUCCCAACGGGGACAUCAUCGUAGCUGAUUAUGACAACCGCUGGGUCAGCACCUUCACCCCUGAUGGCAAGUUCAAGGGUAAGAUUGGAGCUGGGAAGCUGUUGGGACCAAAGGGAGUGGCUAUCGAUCACAAUGGUCAUCUGAUCGUGGUGGAUAACAAGGCUUGCUGUGUCUUCAUUUUUCAGUGCAAUGGGAAGCUGGUGUCUCGGUUCGGGGUGCGUGGCACUGCAGACAGACAGUUUGCAGGUAUACUGGAUGGUAAUAACCUCAGCCAAUCACCUCCUUCGUUGCAUUUCUUUGUGGUGCAGGUACAUGAUGGGUCGCUCAGAUACCAUGUUUAUAAUUCUGAUGGUGAAUUCCUGUUCAAGUUUGGAUCGCAUGGAGAGGGGAACGGACAGUUCAAUGCUCCCACCGGGGUGGCAGUUGAUACCAAUGGGAACAUCAUUGUCGCUGACUGGGGAAACAGCCGAAUACAGGUGUUUGAUAGCUCUGGAUCCUUCCUGUCUUAUAUUAACACCUCUGCUGACCCUCUAUAUGGACCACAGGGUCUGGCACUGACCUCAGAUGGACACGUGGCUGUUGCUGACUCGGGGAAUCACUGCUUCAAGAUUUACCGAUACUUGCAGUGAAAGAAACUUCCAUAACUCUGUCAGAGGCCCGAACAAGAGGCCAACUUUAAUUGCUGUGCAUUUUGUCCAUUGCAGGACAAGUGAUGCUUUUGGGUUUUGUGUUUUUGUUGUAAAUACAGAGAGCAGCAAUGUUUGAGCAAGGCCCAAGGUCAGAGUUCACCAAUGGGCACUCCCAUUGCCCAGACACAAAGUGAACACUUGACUCCAAUGCUGGCUCAAAGGGGCUUGCCCAGAAAGUCCUGCCAAUCUCCAUGGAUGCUCCUGAAGACAAGCUUCCCAAGCAAAGAGGGGGAAUGGGCCCAUUAUAGCAGUGGGAGUUGCCACAAUGCAGACCGUCCAACACGCAGGCCCACCUCUCCGACGCUGAACUGAUAACAGUGGGCAAGUAUCAGAGAGUCAAUGUGUGUGGGACCAUACCCCAGGGAGAGUCAGUGUGUGUGUGUGACUGUACCCCAGUGAGAGUAAGUGUGUGUGGAACUGUACUCCGGUAAGAGUCAGUGUGUGUGUGGGACCGUACCCC